AAUUGUAUUAUUGUGAUACAAAUUUGUGUUUUCAUUUGCUUGACGCGACGCCAGAGUCCAUGGAAGUGGACGGUGCGGUGGUUGUCGAGAAAGUGGCCGGAAAAUCCGCCGUCACCAGAUGCUUUUCCAAGUACCCGCUCAAAUUCAUCAUUCCCAGAAAGGUCGGUCCCUCCAAAACGGAUUGCAUUUGGAUUUACACCCUUAAUUAUGGCGGCGGCAUCGUCUCUGGAGAUUCAAUUUCGUGCGAGUUGACCGUUAAAGAUGGCUCCAAUGCAGUCCUAACCACUCAGGCUUCUACCAAGGUUUACAAGUCCAGGGGAGAAGAGCUCUCUGAACAAUUAUUGGAGGCAAGGAUCGGUAGUGAUGCUCUUUUGGCUGUACUUCCAGAUCCAGUGACAUGCUUCGCCACCGCAAGGUAUGCACAGAAACAAGUCUUUAGAGUUGGUUCAGGCUCUAGUUUGGUUCUUGUUGAUUGGUUUACAAGUGGACGUCAUGGAAGUGGAGAAAUUUGGGAGUUUGAUCUUUUCAAGAGCACUAAUCAAAUAUUCCUAGAAGACGGCCAUCCAUUAUUUUUUGAUACGGUUCUUCUAGAGCGAGGAGGCAUCAACACUAUUAUAGAACGGAUGCAUGGAUAUCAAGUCAUUGCAAUGGUUGUAAUUUUGGGGCCAAAGGUCAAGAACAUUCGAGACCAAGUUCGAGAAAAUGUGAAAAUGAUAAUGGGUGAACAAUUACACUCACCAUUCACUUCUGCCCGUGGCCCCCAAAUGAAAAUGAACUCCAAUCGUUUGUUGACCAAACCUGAAAUCAUUGCUUCUUCUAGCGUUUUCGGCCCCAUGGGAAUUGGCACGGUUGUGAGAAUAGCUGCCAUGGAAACGGAAACAGUCUACAGGUUCCUUCAGCAACAGUUAGCUUCAAUGGAGACACUUCUUGGAGUGCCACCUUACAAAUGAGCAGAAAUACCCACAAUUUGAGGAUUGGGGUUGCUGCUGACUUGAUUGAGUUACGUUAAUUGUGAAUAUUCCAAUGUUUUAUUAAUGAUCUUUAAACGUAAGUCUUUUUUUCUAUAAUAAGUGAAAUGUUGUAUGUUAGAGAAAUGUUGUAUGCAGGUGUUUGCAAGGGGAUGAUCAUAAUAGUCCUUGGAUUAUAAUAGUCUGCCUUGGGAGUGUGUUAUUAUAACAUGGUAACCUACCUCUUUUACUACUUUUUUUUCUAAA